AUGGGUGGAUAACCUUCUCUAAGUCCAUAAUCAAAUUAAUAUUAAGUUGAUAAAUUGAAGUUAGAUUAAAUUGCAAUCAAAAAACGAACAUCUAAACCUAAUUUAUUUACUACUUACAGAACACUUGUUAUAAUAUCAAGUAUUAUUAUUAAUUUAUUUAAAUAGUCAUUGUUGGAAUAAUUAUAAUUGCAGUCUUAUCAUUUAAUAAAUAAAUAAAAAGAAUACAUUAUCAUUAAUUAAUCAGAAAUUAAUUCUCAUAAUUCUCAAGGAUAUCCUUAUACUUUAGAACCUAAUGA